GUGAACCGGCUCAUUCUCUAGAUUCCUCAGUUUCCUUCAGUACUCACGUAGUCACAGUCAAGUGCGGCUGGCUGUCUCGUUUCGAUCUCCAACCACGUGAAACUCUUCCUCGAAAAAGUCGCGAUUUGUGUUUGACAAUUGUCGUAAUUCAGCGAGUCUUAGGAUCCAUGGUUAGCUGUUCGGGCGAACGUUGAAGUUGCAGGAUGGUGCUGGUGCUGAACGGGGUGUUGCAGGAGGAAUGCCCACCGGACACUCGAUCCCUUUAUCACGCUCAUCCCGUGUACAGGGAGACCGCCGCCCAAUUACUGGCCAUUCCGAAUAAGGUCAUCGGCCCUGUGGGCCUGCUCUAUGUGCAACAGAGGGAGUUUGCCGCCACUGUGCCACACGAUAAAAAUGUCAAUAUUUUGGGCUCGGACGAUGUCACGACGUGUCUGAUUGUCGUCGUUAGACAUUCAGGUUCCGGGGCCGUGGCCCUGGCCCAUCUGGAUGGGUCCGGGACGGACGAGGCUGUCUGCACCAUGGUCCAGAGAGUGCAGGAAUUGGCUCUGGGGUAUCCCGAGGGCCGGAUCGAGCUCCAACUGAUCGGAGGAUUCACCGACCCCAGACACUACUCCGAAGAGCUGUUCUAUAACGUGAUGACAUCUUUCCACAAGCACCCCGUGGAGAUCGACUUAACCCUCGCGUGUGUGGGCGAGCUGAACACCACGAUCCGCGGCGGCAUCCACUGGCCGAUAAUCUACGGCAUAGGAGUGAACACAAAAACGGGUGAGAUCUUCCCGGCAACAUUCCCCGACAAAGGGCCCGACCAGGCGUUGCGCUGUUCCCGGUACCUGACGGGAGUCUCACAAGUAACCCUUCCGAACCCUCUUGAAUCUCCCCUAACCGAACGUUUUGUCCAGGUGCUAGACAUUUACGACUGCAACUUAGGGCUACUCAGGAUCGGCCCUUUCAAUUACGAGCCCUUGCGAGGGGUGGACUUGUGGCUGGAGCAAAGCGAUGACUUUAUUCUACAACACUUAUCAACGUCGCCUGACGUGGAGCCCCCACAUUUCGUGAUGCAGGUGCGGGCGACCCUCAAGUAUAUACAGGAUAACCAGUUUCCGGCCGUGACCGUAUUUAGGGACAAUCGGCCCCACUAUUUCCGGAGGGAUGAGCAUUCUGGGAUUUGGACGCCGGUGCGAUAUUGAGACGAGGACAGAGAACCUAGAUAUAUUUUUACAAAUUUUAAUAUAGUUCUAUUUUAAUCCCAGUAAUUAUCGCAAGUGAACUUUUUGUAAAUAUUUAGAGAAAAUCGAGCAAUUUCGACGUGUUGAAACUUUUUUUUUGAUGAUGCUUUUUCUAGUUAAUGUUUUAUAUAAUAUAUUUUUGUGAUUUAUCAAUUUGUUACUAUGCUGUAAUUGUUAGGUUUACUGCCAGUGGAUUGAAUAAAUUUAAGUUGAGAUAAUUUUUUUGUUAAAAAUAAGACACUAUACAUAUUUAAGUUUUGUUAAUUGGGUUGUUGAAUAAUAAAUACUUAUUGCUAUUGCUUAA